ACACACACAGUAAAAGCCGCUCAAGAACGAGGGAUGAAUACCACUUUUGCGCAAGCUCCAGAAAGUGCACCAGCAGGCGAUCCAUUAUCCGGCGACACCUCGCUUUCAUCCGCCGCCAAGUGCACACGGGAAGCCCACACCGCGAAGCCUCUUCCAAAGCCCGACCACCCCCCCCCCCCUCUCCCUGGCCACAUCUUUCCCCCCACCACCGUAGUCACUCGGCGACUGGACCGGCGGUCCGAAGAAUCCAGCACACGGACAAGUGCCCUGUUUCAGCGGCCGUGCCACCCGCGUCAUCGUGGAUGUUUCCUCCUGGCGGCUGCCACAUCUCCGCAACACGCUAUAACGAAACCUCCCUUUGCUCUUCGACACCACAGCGUUCAUGGUACGGCGAUCUCCAAAAGAAGAGGCCGUCUCAACAGCACCGGAGCCCGGGAGCACCCCCACCCACCCCGCACACCCUGCGCCAUGCUGCAGAGUUUGCGCUACUUGUCCGUGAGAGUGAAACGGUUGGCUGGCAGCAAUACGAGACCACGGGAAGGAGGUUUCUGGGAUGAACGCCGUUCGGUUGCAGUACCAGAGCUAUUGGAGGGCCAAUUGAAGCAUCGCGAAAUGGGGCAGCUUGGUACCAAGUCCAGAACCAGCAGACGAUCUGUGUCGACUGCCCUGGCCGUGGGCACCUUCUAAUCCGUCAGAGCAGAAGAGGAAGUGCAGUCCUCACACCAAGCCUCAGACUCCGAGGCUGGAGCUGCCACUUGUCUGUAGACCCGACAGCGCCCCUGGAGAUCAGCUGCAGCGUCGACCUGGUUCCGGGGGCAGGCGACAGAGAACUGGAGCUGUGCGGAAUAACCCGAAAGUUCUAUCCAGACUUAUAAAGAAGACGACGACCACCUAAAACACAGAGAGUAGGAACAACCGACACGGGAUUACUACUGUUUAAAAGACACUUUUUUGUAAGCAAAACCGCAAUUUUCUCAAGUUUUUUGCUAUUAAGUUCUAUGCUGUUUCUUUUUAUUCUUCAGCCAUUCAAGUGGAAAGAAGGAAUCAGUCAUUGAAUGUGUCUUUAUUGGUUUUUACAUAUUUCAUUUGCCAACUGAAAAAUGUACGAAAUGUAUCAAUUGAAAUUGAUUACGAACAUACUUAUUGGAAUCAAAUCCCACUAUGUAUGUUCUUAAUUGUGAGAUCCCCCCCCCCUCCCUCGUCUGUCCUUCUGUCACAUGAAUGUUAAUAACU